AUUAGAAAAAAUAAAAAAACCAACCAGUAAACAUAAAUCACAAUUCACAGUAUACUUCCUCCUCCAUUGUUUGAGAUAUCACAAGACUUGAAAUUGAGCACGACCCAGAUUCUACUUCAAGGCGUAGAAGCAAAAACUCACCAUGGGAAACUAAACAGGUUAGUAAGUAGGCAUCAGCAUCAUUUUAUAUUGAUAUGGAUAAUAAUGCACAAGACUUUCAAAGUUUUCUUCAGAUUCUUCCCCCUGUUGAGUUUGCUUGCGUUUAUGGAUCAUCUCUUCAUCCAACCAAUCAUGACAAGACAACCAUGGUUGAUUAUAUUCUUGGUGUUUCUGACCCUAUACAAUGGCAUUCUGAGAAUCUGAAAAUGAAUAAGCAUCACUAUGCGUCAUGGAUGGUGCACCUUGGUGGAGAGAGGCUGAUUACCGCAGUUGCAGAUAAAAUUGGUGUGGGAGUACAUUUCAACCCUUUUGUUACUUGGAAUGGAAAGAUGUUCAAGUAUGGGGUUGUUCGAAUGCAUGACUUACUUCAAGAUGUGCAGUAUUGGGAGAAAUUCUACUUGUGUGGUCGUUUACAAAAACCAGUUCAAAUUGUUGUUGAUAAUUUGGACAUAAGAAAAAUCAAUUACAUUAACUUGCGAGCUGCGUUGUCAGCUUCUCUUCUCCUGCUUCCAUCAGAAUUCACAGAGGCAGAUCUGUAUGCUAAAAUUUGUAAUCUCUCAUAUAUGGGUGAUGUGCGCAUGUUAUUUGCUGAGGAUAAAAAUAAGGUGAAGAAGAUUGUGGCCGGGCAGUUUGAUCUAUUCCACUCGAUGUAUAGGCCAUAUCUUGAAGAGUUUGAGGCUAAGAAGUUAUUGAAACUUUCAUCAACAGCCAAUCACCAAAUAGAAGUCUCUCAGGAUUGUGACUUAUCAGUUUCCCGCUCUCUAGUUUCUGCUCUUCCUCCAUCAAUCAGAAGCCAAUUGAGCAUGAAGCAAGGAGAGGAAGUGAAACCGAGUCAAACUGGUAGAGUUUUACAUGAUACUAAAAUCAGCUCAAGAGAAGAGGCAGCGAAUUGUUUGCAGAGAAUUUUGAGGCGAAGGGUUAUGGUUUCAAGUGCAAGGCAGGCCAUAUCUGGCCUACUUGCUGUUGGUGGGGUAAAUGCUACCAUGUAUGUCGCCAACAAAAUCAAUAAAGCUUGGAAGUCAUGGAGAUGAUGUUUAUUCUUUAACAUAGAUCCGAGGCUUUCUUGCACCUGGGGAAGUUUAUAGGAGGACUAGUUUUGUGGCCAUUUUUUCUGUUUUAAUUUCUCCGUUUUUAUCCUAUUAUCUUGGAGGUGGCUUUUUUCCCCUUUAAAACCCCUCUUUCAUAGUCAUAAGAAAUAGGUAUCUGCAACAACUGCUAGAGAUAGUAACUAGAUUGACUGGCAUCUUAUCAUUCUUCUCUUGGGGUAGAACAGGGUAACUUAUCAACAAGUAUAGGAAUGGUUUUUAUCUGCCAAAUACAUUGUGUACUAAAAUUUAGCAGUACUUGUGGAUGAGAAGAUGUCGUGCAACUGAAAGGGAAUAUAUGUUUGUGGAAUACCUAAUUUGAACUCAAAUGUAUAAACCAAUUUGUUUCUUCAUUAGUUAACCCAUUUAUUGCUA